UAUGCCAAUCCCUAUAGUUAUCCUGCCUGGAAGGUGUUACUGUAUGUGGUUUUGGUUUGUGCAUGCCCUGGGGUAAGCAGCAUUAUUCUUGCAGGGACACCAAGAAGUUCUCUUCCAUUGACCCAGAUCAUUGAUCAAGCUUGUCAAGAGGCAGAAGCUUACAAGGAUGCUGGAGUUGAUGGCUUGAUAGUAGAAAACAUGCAUGAUCUUCCUUACACGGUGUGUCCUGGGCCUGAAGUAACUGCAGCAAUGACAGUCGUCAGUGCUGCAGUGAGACAAACCUGUCCCCAUCUUGCGCUGGGUGUCCAGAUCCUGUGUGCUGCAAAUCAACAGGCGAUAGCAGUUGCUCUUGCUGCAGGUCUUGAUUUUAUCCGGGCUGAAGGGUUUGUGUUUUCUCAUGUUGCUGAUGAAGGGAUUAUAAAUGCCUGUGCAGGUAACCUGCUACGAUACAGAAAACAAGUUGGAGCAGAGAACAUUCAGAUUUUUGCUGAUAUUAAAAAGAAACAUAGUGCUCACGCUCUGACGGCAGAUGUCAGCGUGGCCGAGACCGCUUCGGCUGCCGAGCUCUUCCUGGCUGAUGGGCUUGUACUGACUGGCACAGCGACCGGAUUGCCCGCAGAUCCCCAGGAGCUGAAAGAGGUUAAACAUGCUGUGAAGAUUCCUGUGUUGAUUGGGUCUGGAGUGACUCUGGAGAAUGUGAGGAAUUACUUGGAUGCAAACGCUCUAAUAAUUGGUUCGUAUUUCAAGAAAGAAGGUUAUUGGGCAAAUGCUGUUGAUCCUGACCGAGUAAAGAAGUUUAUGGAACACAUAAAUAAACUGAGAGAAUGAGUUUGUCAGCAAACGGUAUUUUUGUGUGUGUGUGUGUUUAAGCGCAGUAUGAUACAUCGUACAGAAUUAAAGCACAAAUGUGUGCUUGAAUGGCUUAUCACAUUAAAUGAAAAUGCACAUCAUCUCCAUAACUAGUUGGGAAACAUGGUGACAGUUUACAAUAAACUGGUGCUCUGAUGUUUGUUUCUAGGCAGCACAUUUCUGUGGUACUCAGAGCCAUCACCAAUGCAAAACCAACUCUCCCAAGACUUGUGUAUUGUAUUUUCUCCUAUAAGUAAAAUGCUUAUGGAGUUUAAGAAUUUGUAGUAAAUAUUCAUCACAGGUGAGCUGAGCUUUGUUUUGCCUGUGAGUACAAUAUGAUGCCCUAAGUUUACAGCUAAGAGUAUUGUAAAUUGGACAAGUUAAUUAGCCUUUCAGUUUCCCCAUCUGUAAAAUGAUGAUAAUAGUACCUACAUCACACGGGGGUGGUAAGACAUAAUAAAUGAAUGAAUGUACAGCACUUUCAUCUCCUCAAAUGAAGGGCUCUAUUAAAGUUCAAGAUCAUUAUUUUUUCAUUAGAAUUGUGCAUUUAUUACAAAAAUGUAGUAAUUGGAUACCAUACAAAAAAUUAAGAUAAUUGGGAAAUUGAUUUACUUACAAUACUUAUUAGAGAAUAAAUGUAAAUAUUUAAUUACAUUUUAAGUAGAGUUGGAAUUUAGUCAAAAUGUUUUUGCAAAAAUUGGAAAUUUUAAUAAAGGUUUAUUGUUAUUUUUCAGCAAGC